UCCAGUGUGUUCUAUUUCUAAGAUGAGUUUCGAACUCACAAGUGUUGUUUUGCUUUUGUCUUUGGCAUUUCUUUUGGCUCCUGCCAAACACUUGAAAAAACACAAAACCAAGAUGCAAGGUAAAGUAUUCUAAAACCUCUGCUUUCAAUUUGACUUAUUUAAUUCUGUUAACCAGUUUGAAUCUGGCCUUAAACUAUUAGAAUUUUAAAAAACGAGAAGGAGGAAAGGAUGCUAUAUCUCAAUUGUGCUCCUAUUUUCUCUGCUCUGACGAGGGGCUAACACUCGAAACGUCAGCUUUAGACGCUCUUUACGGUGGCCAAUUUACAUUGUCAAAUCACAUUAUAAAACCAUUUUAUUUUGCAAUACCCUCUACCAACGCAGCUCCAAAGUUUCUGUAGAAACGUACUCCCCUUAAUGUUGGUGACGUGUCAUACAUUGCACAUCAGUACGUCUAGAGAUUAAAGAGAAUAGUUUAGGCUUGUGCAAACUAUGACAUAUUUUGUUUACUAUCGUUAAUAAGAACUUUAUUCAUUAUUUCCAUUUCUUGUAGAUACAGAAACUUUACCAAAGAGAUAUGACAAAGUCAAGUACAGAGGCGAGUGGAAAAACUGUGACUACUUCCAUACCAAAGAUGAUUUUGGAAGCUGGUGCAACUGUCCCUUUGUUGCUUGCACGGGAUCACAGGAAUGCACCACAAUGGGCGGAUUCUUCUGCAGAUUUUUGCACGAUAAUGUGAAUGUAGAAGAUAUGGACAGAAGUGAU